ACCCUAAAACUGACGUUCACUCAUCCCUCUAACCCUUCAAGUCUUUCUCACAAUUCACGGACACAACUUUCAUCGAAAAUGAGACAUCAAUGGCGUUUUCUCCUAUUCCGAAAGUACCCUCGAUCGCCUCUCCAAUUCUCUACAGUGUCUUCUUCUCAGGUACACUCCAAUCUAUGUAACACUCUCCAUGAAUCACUUCAUACUCUUUCUUCAAACAUUCAUACAAGCUCGCACUAUCUCAACGGCACCGUUUCACAAAGACCCAUUUUAUAUCUUCACUUAGAAAGCCUCGUAAAACCUAAAAAUUCAACAAUUUAUAAGAAUCCCAUGAUUUGUAGCUUCUCAUCUGAGCCAGCAAUGGAGCUGAAAGACUCAGACUUUGUGGUUGUUAGCGAUAUUUUCAAUAAGUUUAGUGAUGUUAAUGAUAUUUGUAAGGAGUUGGAAUCAAGCAGUGUUCUCUUUACUCAUGAAAUGGUGUUGAAAGUGUUGAACAAUUUCGAAUCGAGCCCAGAUGUAGCUAGGAGGUUUUUCGAUUGGGUCUCACUGAAAGAAAGUGCGAGAUUGAGCUCGAAAUCUUAUAAUUUGAUGUUAAAAAUUUUGGGUGCUAAUGGGUUUAUUGAGGAGUUUUGGGGUCUGGUUAAUGUUAUGAAGAAAAAGGGUUAUGGUGUGUCUGGUCAUGUGCGCAAUAAAAUGACUGAGAAGUUUGAGAAAGAAGGUUUAGAUAGUGAUUUGGAGAAGCUAAAAGGGGUCUUUGCUACAGGGUCGAUUGAUAAUUCAGUAGAAAAGAUUAGCUCUAGGGUGUCCAAGAUUGUCAAAAGUGAGGUCUGGGGUGAUGAUAUUGAGAAGCAGUUACGAGAACUGAAUGUUGCAUUUUCUAGUGAUUUGGUUAAAUUUGCAGUGGAAAAUCUUGGUGAUGACCCAAUGAAAGCAUUGAUCUUUUUCAGGUGGGCUGAGGAGAGUGGUUUGAUGAAGCAUGAUGAGAAGAGUUAUAAUGCCAUGGCAAGAGUUUUGGGGAGGGAGGAUUGCAUUGAUAGGUUCUGGAAGGUUGUUGAUGAGAUGAGGAGUAGAGGGUAUGAGAUGGAGGAGGAGACAUAUGUUAAGGUUUUAGGUAGUUUUUCUAAGAGGAGAAUGGUUAAGGAUGCUGUGGACUUGUAUGAGUUUGCGAUGGCUGGUAAGAAUAAACCUUCAGUGCAAUGUUGCACAUUUUUGUUGAGGAAAAUAGUUGUCAGUAAGCAGUUAGAUAUGGGUCUUUUCUCAAAGGUUGUAAGUGUUUUUACCGAAAAUGGGAAUAUGCUGACAGACUCAAUGCUCAAUGCAGUUUUAAAGGCUUUGACUAGUGUUGGUAGGUUGGGAGAGUGCAGCAAGAUCUUCAAAGUGAUGGAGAAAGGUGGGUAUGUAGCUAGUGGUAAUAUGAAGAGCAAAAUUGUGUUUAGGCUUACUAGUGGUGGUAAAAAGGAUGAAGCAAGUGAGUUUAUGGAUCAUGUAGAAACUUCAGGGAGUGAUUCAGGCCACAAGAUGUGGGUGUCUCUGAUUGAAGGGCAUUGUGUAGCUGGGGAUCUUGAAAGGGGAUCUGAUUGUUUCCAGAAGAUGGUUGAAAAAGAGGGUGCAUCUUGUGCUGUUCAUGCAUUUGAAUUGUUGGUAAAUGCUUAUUGCAAAAAGAACAGAGCAACAGAUGCUUGCAAGCUUGUGCAUGAUUAUGUCAGUGAAAAUCAUUUACAGCCUUCACAUACAACAUACAAAGAAUUGAUGAAGAAGUUAUUGGUUCAGCGCUGGUUUGAAGAUGCUUUAAGUCUUGUGGGUUUGAUGAAGAGUCAUGGUUUCCCACCUUUUGUUGAUCCAUUUAUUGAUUAUGUAUCGAAGUCUGGAACUGCUGAUGAUGCUAUUGCUUUCCUGAAAACCAUGACUUCAAAGAGGUUUCCUUCUACGUCUGUGGUUCUUCGCUUGUUUGAAGCCUUUUUCCAGGCCAGAAGGCAUAGUGAAGCACAAGAUCUCCUGUCUAAGUGCCCAGGUUACAUCCGCAACCAUGCUGAUGUUUUAAAUCUCUUUCUGGUGAAUAAAUCUGGGGGAGGUUCAGCUGCUGCUGUGGUUGCUUAGGCUUCACUGUGGUGUAUUUUCAUUGUGUUUUGUGAGGUUGAUGUAAUAAGGAAUUUCUUGAAAUUUUUUUGAGCAUGAAAAUUUUGACUCCUCAUAGCAAAUCUGUUUUCUGCUGGCCCAUCAUCAACUUUUUUUACUGGCAAAUAAAAAAUUUAAGGUCUUCAAGUUUCACGUUUUA